UGCGACGUUUGUCUUUUGGCAGCCCUUUUCGGAUAGGGAAGAAAAGUUGCCGUAGGAAAAAAAGGAAAGACCAACAGCAGCAACAGCAGCGCGCAGCAAACGGGGACGGCGAAGUAGCAAAAGGUCGGUCGAAAAGAUAGCAAAACGGCGAGCAGAAGGUGAACAGAAACGCCACCAGUCCCUACGUUUGCAACGACGGCAACCAGCAGAAUGACGCUGCCGAGCAGUGCGCGGGUGUACGCGGAUGUAAAUUCGCAUAAACCACGUGAAUAUUGGGACUACGAGAACUACAUCGUCGACUGGGUGAACCAGGAUGACUACCAGCUAGUGCGGAAGCUGGGCCGGGGCAAGUACAGCGAGGUGUUCGAGGCGAUCAAAAUGACGAGCAACGAGAAGUGCGUGGUGAAGAUUCUGAAGCCGGUCAAGAAGAAAAAGAUCAAGCGCGAGAUCAAGAUCCUGGAGAAUCUGCGGGGCGGCACCAACAUCAUCACGCUGCUGGCGGUGGUGAAGGAUCCGGUCUCCCGCACGCCGGCCCUCAUCUUCGAGCAUGUGAACAACACGGACUUCAAGCAGCUGUACCAAACGCUCAGCGAUUACGACAUCCGGUACUAUCUGUACGAGCUGCUGAAGGCGCUCGACUACUGCCACAGCCUGGGCAUCAUGCACCGUGACGUGAAGCCACACAACGUGAUGAUCGAUCACGAGAACCGCAAGCUCCGCCUGAUCGACUGGGGCCUGGCCGAGUUCUACCAUCCGGGGCAGGAGUACAACGUGCGGGUCGCGAGCCGCUACUUCAAGGGGCCGGAGCUGCUGGUCGACUACCAGAUGUACGACUACUCGCUCGAUAUGUGGUCGCUGGGGUGCAUGCUCGCGUCGAUGAUCUUCCGCAAGGAGCCGUUCUUCCACGGCCACGACAACUACGACCAGCUCGUGCGCAUCGCGAAGGUGCUCGGCACCGAGGACCUGUUCGCCUAUCUGGACAAAUACAACAUCGAGCUCGAUCCGCGCUUCAACGACAUCCUGUCGCGCCACUCGCGCAAGCGAUGGGAGCGCUUCGUGCACUCGGAGAACCAGCACCUGGUGUCGCCCGAGGGGCUCGACUUUCUCGACAAGCUGCUGCGCUACGACCACUUCGAGCGCCUGACCGCGCGGGAGGCCAUGGAGCAUCCGUACUUUGCCAUCAUCGUCAACGGGCAGAUGCCGCCACCGCCGACCUCCUCCGCCAAGGGCGGCACCAACUAAACAUGCGCCCUGCCCUCCUCCGUCAUGCCCGUCCACACCACCACCACGACCACCUUGUCUGCCGCCGCCCUGUCCUUGCGCACCAACGUACCGCAGCGAGGAGGGAGCAAGCAUUUCCACCUCGGACAGCAGUGGAGUAGCAGCAGUAGCAGCGGGUGGAUAAGAUGCAGCCGACGCCGCCCCACUCCGUUCGGUGUGCCCGUCUCCCUUCCUUUCGCCGCCCUCGGUGGAGGAUCGCGCCUGGCACGGAUGCUGCUGGGAGGAUGUGGUGCGUACGCGGCGCUGCUAACCAUUCACACUUGGGGCGGAAAGAGACCGACGGCGAUGGUGCGUGCUUGUCGGCCGGACAUGACCGAGCGCCGGGGAGGUGUCGAGCGAAAAUGAAGAGUAAGUAGCGCGCUUAAAACGAGUAAGGUUUUGACGGAACGGGCGUGAGAGCGGGAACGCGGGAGCUUUGGAUGCCGUUCUUUCCAAUUCCGGAUUGAGUGCGUGUCCAUUGCCGUGCGCUUUCGCAGAGAGAGAAGAAGAAAAAACGAAUAAUCGGCAUAUUGAUAAACACAGAAAAAGAAACGUAUAACAAAACAUGAAGAAAAAAGCUAGUAGGGGAAGAAAAAGUUUAGCCCGAAUAUUUGAAACAAACAACAAACAGCAAAACAAAACAAAAAAGCGGGGAUUAUUUUAGAAUAGGUUCACAUAUGCUAAACGAGAGAAUUUAAAACGUAGCAGAAAACGCAUUGAACAACUGAGGGAAAGUGGCAAGUACGAAGCGAGAGCGAUUAAAUGAAGGGUCGAGAGAGAGAGAGUGCGAACAGAGAAAGUACGAGUGCGAGUUUGAGGAGAAGAUGCUAAGAACAUCAAAUAAGUAACCUUUCAUGUAAAAUGCGCUUUAUCUCCAUCCCCUUCUUCUCAGCAGGGAGAAAAGCAUAAAAGGGAAAUGGAGGAAAACAAAAGCAAACAAACAUCGGUAAAUCUAGUAAAACAAGGAAAAAUGCAAGGCACGAACAUCAAACCACUAACCUUACGAAGGAUAGGAGUCGGAUAACCGGGAUACACGGUAGCCAGAAAGGACAUGAACAUGUUUUGCCCGCUUCGUCUCCCGUGCCGUGACCGAGGCAUUUGUAGCAAAUCCCAUUCAAUCCCAGCAGCAGAAAGCCCCGGUUAGAGGAACGGGUACUAGAAAGCGAAGGCUAGGAAUCACGAGUCAGCCCCUUGACGCCCCCACCACCUCACCCUCAAAAACACUCAUUUAUUAAGCAGGAUAGUGAACAUUUCUUUGCACCACAUAUAAUGAUCAUGCUUCAGUGAGAUAUAAAUAUAAACCCAGGAUGAAUUCGACAACCCUAACUCCCUUUUUCAAAAAAAACCCGACGUUGCUGAGGUGCAACAGAAGCGUCAUGGCGGUUUAUCCUUUUUCCAAAGGCAGGAAGCAGCAUAGUAGGCUUACGCAUUUACACCACGCAGGAUAACAAGCGAACAGAAGAAGAAUUGCUAACACACCACACCCCAUCGUCAUUUGAAUUUCGAGGUGCACUAAGCUCAUAGUGCAUACCAUCUCACUCUCUCUCUCUCUCUUUUGCUACGUGGUUCAGUUUGUGAGUGCGUGAGCGUAUCGCGACACUAAUUAUUGGGUAUCGAUCGUGCAGCCGCUGUGUACUCGCGUGUGAACAUGAAAAAUAUUGCGACAAAAAAAGAAGCGCGCGCAACACAGAAAAAGCGCGGAAGCAAAUCCCCGGGGCUUGUGUUUGGUGAAGGUUCUUUCGGUACGUAACACUAGAAGGUCGGACGCGUUUUUGCAAACAACCAACCACCACCAUCCCAUAGAAAUGCAAGGUCCGUUUGCGGUCUUUGUGUUUCCCCGUCUACUUAGAUGGAGUUGGAGUAAAAUGUCUCACGGUGAAAGUUCUGCGCUAGCUAAUUCCUUCAGUUCUUUUCACUUGCUCGUGAACAUGGGUUUCGCUUUGUAAUUUGGAAAGGGGGAAAAAACGCCACCAAUUCCCACAAACGUACUCGUAAAAGUAGUGGUGCCCUUGAUGUUUGAUUGUAUCGCUCCUCCCCCCAGUAGGAUUGUUCGAUUAUGAUGAGAAGAAUUGAUGUGUUUAUGCUUUCGCUCUUCUUUCUAUUUCAUUUAUUUUGUAUCCUUUUAAAACCAUCUGUUCUCGUUUCUCUCUGUCUCUCUCUCUCUAUAGUUCUCUCAUUUUCAUUAAACUCUCCGCUAGUAUCCAACCUUCCCAUCGUUUUGUGUUUUUAAAUGUAUCUCAACUAUUUCUUUUCUUCACCGACUUAUGCUAGACUUUCUCUCGUUUUACACUUAGGUUUGUGCGGUUCUUCCCACAAGCACACACACACACACCCUCUUAGCCUGUGCGCACCACCAUGCUUUGUUUUUCGCUCGUGUCUACUACUUUCCGUUUCCUCCCCAUCUUUUUUUCUCUCAUUGUAAGCAAAACAGCAGUUUAUAUAGAAACAGAUUUAAACAAACAAACAAAACGAAACAAAAAAAGAACGCUAGGAUUAUUACAAAACAGGUAUUUUGUUCUGCUCUUUUCUUUUGUAAUUAAAGUGAAAUCAAAUAUUAAUAAAAAAAAACAAUACCCUCAAAAUGGCCGCCUCUGAAAUCCCCACUCCCACCACCCCCUUCUACCAAUCCAACCCAUUGGUUAACACGGGGCGAGGGAGGUCGGGGGAUGAUUAUGAACAACAGGAAGAGGAAAGAAUAAGAAAUAAAACUUACCCGGUCCCUCAACGGUAGUCUCCCAUCCCCAGCCCACAUCUGCUCAGAGGGAAGAGGGACGCUCAUCGAUCAAUUCACGCUCGCUGCUAGCUAGUAGUAGUAGGCUGUUUGUUGGCAGGAUAUGCAUUUCGUUUGUUUUACAUAUUUGUUGUUACUGUCGUAGAGUAGUCGCUGUUCGUUAUUUAAACCAAUCACCCCACAACAUUGCCCCUCCACAGGGGGUUAAUUUAGAAAACCGUUCACAACUCCCGGCUAACCGUGACGGAUCGGAGAGCAGAAAACAGCAACGCGACAGACCGGAAGUGGUGAAGCAGGGGAGGCAGACAGAGCUGAGCCGAGAUCCCCCGCAGAGAAUUGAUGGCGAGCAUGGACACAAGCGACCCCCCGUAGUGGAGCAUAAUAAUUAGUGGAUGUAUGUAGUGGAAGCUUGUGUUGUAUGUUAAGGGCAAAAGCGCUUUCCCUUCCCUGCGUAUCUGUUUUGUCACUCCUUUUCCACUUCCGCCAGUCGUUGAUGCGAUCACGUGGUCCUCCUGUUAAGCAUGGCGUGGAUAUCUUUAGCAUAUUAUGUUUUACCCUGUGUCUUUUUUUAAUAAUUAUUGUUUUAACGAACACACACCUAAAACCCCCCAAUUCGUGGUUCUCUCUCUCUCUCUCUCCCGGGCUGGAAAGGCGUACGACGGUGAGGAGGUUUUUUUUUUCAAAUGAAUCAACCCAAGUCGUUAGGUGAUCGUGAAAUAAAUGCAUCUAUGAAAUA